AUGGCGCAGGUCCAGGGGGCAAUCAGCAAGGACUUGACCGAGGCAGAGACGAUUGCUAUUACAUGCUUGGCCACAGCCGGCAUGUACAACGUCCUCGAAAUCUACGUCCUCAUCUUCACGACAUUCCGACGCCGAUCGGGUCGAUACUUCUGGAGUAUGCUAGUAGCCAACACUGGCAUUCUAUUCCACGCUUGCGGCAGUUUAAGUCGGUUUUUGCAACCGACGAAGACACCCAUACCAGGGGUAUUUGCCCACGUGGGCUGGUAUUGCAUGGUAACGGGUCAGUCUAUUGUACUAUGGUCACGUCUAAACCUCGUCGUCUAUAACCGCGCCACCAUUCGACUCGUUCUAGCAAUGAUCAUGGGCUCCGUCUUGUUGGUCCAUCUUCCGCAGACGGUUUUGUUCGCUAAGGUGUGGUCUACCAACGACCCGGUAUGGACUGGACGAUUCAAGGUAAUGGAAAAGAUUUCCUUAAUGGUUUUCACCAUACAGGAAACCACCAUAACCGGCAUCUUUGUCAGGGCGGGAUUUAGAAACCUCAAGGGCCUUUUCGAAUUCAAAGCUAGAGAAGCACGAAUGCUACUGAGCUUCCUCGUCGCCAUGUUCGCGCUCGUUCUUGCCCUCGACGUCGGUCUAGUCGUUCUGGAAUACAGAGGUUUUUUUGUAUUCCAGACUUCGAGCAAACCUAUCGUAUAUAGCAUCAAGCUGAAAGUGGAGUUUGCAGUUUUGCAAAAGCUUUUGGCGUUCACGAAAAUGAAGUCUUGCGACUGUCAUCACCUGGAGGAAAUCACUGAAACUAGAGUCAAAACGACUGCAAACGACACCACGCAGGCAGACACGAUACCAUGA